CAUUUUACUUUUAGUGAUGCCUUUGUUCUGCAAUUUGUAACCCUUCUUUUUGCUUUUUAGUCUCUCUACAUCUGUUUCUCUCAAAAAUAUGGUUAGAUAAUCAUAAUCUGGUACUCUAAAUUGUUUCAUCUUGAUGGCUUCUUCAAGGAUCGAUUCCCUCUCUGAACCCACAUCCCAUGGUAGCUUGGCAGCACAAUCCUGUGGGAGAAAGCCUGCUUUCUUAAGAUGGCUUAGAAAGCUCUUCAAAGGACGUUCAAAUCGUCAGAAAUUGCCGCAGCUUCAUGGUGAAGAAACCAUAGCUAGGCAUGUCCCUGGUGAACCCAUGGAUGAUCAAUCUAGAGCUAAAAACGGCGAGUCAGAUCAUGCUGUUGCACUCUCUCUGGCAGAAGAUUUGAAGGAACCUCAUGGAUGCAGAAGGCGGGCAGAACACGACGAAGAUUUAGCUAGAGCACUUCAGGAAAAACUCAAUGAGCCAUCAUAUCCUUCUUAUGAUCCUACUUCACUUUUUCCUGGAGAGUACAGGUUGUGUGAUGGCUGCAACGGUGACUUAGGAUAUGGUGAUUAUUUGUUAUGUAUGGGAGCUUUUUGGCAUCCCUCGUGCUUUCGCUGUUAUGCUUGUGGUUAUCAGAUAGUUGAGCAUGAGUUUUCAUUGUCAGGGAGGAAUCCUUACCAUAUGUCCUGUUUCAGAGAGUUGCAUCAUCCCAGUUGUGAAGUUUGCCAUCAGUUUAUUCCACCAAAUGAUGCUGGUUUAAUCGAGUUCAGGUCUCAUCCUUUUUGGGGGCAGAAGUAUUGUCCUAUACAUGAGCAUGACAACACUGCUCGUUGUUGCAGUUGUGAACGCUUAGAGUCAUUGAGUGCAAGGUACAUUCCUUUAGGAGACGGACGCAAUCUAUGUUUAGAAUGCAUGGAAUCCGCGGUCAUGGAUACGGGUGACUGUCAACCACUAUAUCAUUCAAUCAGAGACUUCUAUGAAGGAAUGAACAUGAAACUAGAUCAACAAAUCCCCAUGCUUCUAGUUGAAAGACAAGCCUUAAAUGAAGCCACUGAGUGGGAAAAGAAUGUAAUCAAUGGUCACCGUCAGAUGCCUGAGACUAGAGGUUUAUGCCUUUCUGAAGAGCAGACUGUCACAAGUAUACAUAGAAGACCGAGACUUGGAGGGAGUCGACUUAUAAGGAUGAAAACACUUGUAAAGAAGCUGAGCAGGAAAUGUGAGGUUACUGCCAUUCUAGUUUUGUAUGGCCUUCCCAGGUUGCUAACAGGAUCAAUUCUUGCUCAUGAAUUGAUGCAUGGAUGGUUACGCCUCAAAGGUUAUCGCAAUUUAAGUCCUGAGGUUGAAGAAGGCAUCUGUCAGGCGCUAUCAUACAUGUGGCUUGAGACCGAAGUUCUUCCAUGUUCCAUGGGCAGCAGUGCGGCUACAACAUCAUCUGUUCCUACAUCUUCAUCGUUUAAGAAAGGUGGCAAGUCCGACAGUGAGAAGAAACUGGGGAGGUUUUUCAUUUAUCAAAUUUGUAAUGACACCUCUACUGCAUAUGGCAAAGGAUUCAGAGAUGCCAGUGCAUCAAUCAGUAAGUACGGAUUACGGCGUACUAUUAAUCAUAUUCAGCUAACAGGAAACUUUCCUUCCUAAGUUUGUGUAAUGGCGCUUGUUUAUAUCACAGAAUUACUGUAUGUAAUUGUCUUCUCGUAUAUGCGUUUAAUAAGGAUAAAUUGAAAAAGCUUGUACCAAACUUGUAUACAGAGUUCUCUAUUUUGUAUUUUUCACAA